AUGGAUGCGCCGCCGCCAUCGCGCUCCAGGAAAAAGCGCAGGUUCGAGCGAGUGCACGACCAAGAAUUACCACCGGGGGACGGCAGCGCCGGCCUCGAUCUCAUCAACGUCCUCCCCGACGCCGUCCUCUGCACCAUCAUCUCGCUUCUCCCCACCAAGGAAGGAGCCCGCACGCAGGCUGUCGCCCGCCGGUGGCGACCCCUCUGGCGAUCCGCACCACUCAAUCUCGUCGCCGACUCCACCCUCUCCUUGGAGGAGCGCAAGCGCGUCGUCGUCAUCUCCAAGAUCCUCGCCGAGCACCCUGGGCCAGCCCUCCUCUUCAAGCUCCCCAACGUCCGCCGACGCGACCACGACAAGAUCGACGGCUGGCUUCGUUCCCAGGCCCUCACCGAUCUCCAGAUGCUCUACUUAGGGUUAAGGCACAGAGGGCACAUCGGCGAUGACAUACACCGUCUGCAUCUGCUGCCGCCGGCCGCACUCCGCUUCGCGCCCACACUCCGCCUCACCAUAAGCCAGGGCACCAUCUCGGGAGACGCUGUGCAAAACAUGCUCUCUGGCUGCCUCUCAUUGGAAAGCCUUUAUCUGCAAGGCAAUGUUGGCCUUACUCGUCUCUCCAUCAGCUCCCCAACUCUUAGGAGCAUCGGCUUCUCUGCAUAUAGAUCGGGGGCGUGCGUGUGGGCUGACCUUUUACAAGAGCUGGUCAUCGAGGACGCUCCUUGCCUUGAGAGGUUGCUGCCACUCUGGCCACGUGUUGGUCCGCGGACUAUCCGGGUAACCCAAGCACCUAAACUGCAAGUAUUGGGUGUGUUGUCAAACUACAUGUCCAAUCUUGUGUUGUCAGACUCAGACCACAUGUGCAAACUCCACAUUGGAACCACGGUUUUCCAGGAAAUGAUUCCCAUCAGCGUGACCGCCACAGUGCCCACUGUGAAGUUUUUAGCUAUUGAAUUUGAUGGCCCUAAUCUUGAUGCACUAGUUGGCCUCCUCAAGUGCUUCCCCUGCUUGGAGAAGCUGUAUUUUCACGACGAACGGGCACGGAUGAAGAUGAAAAGUGUGCGAAAAUAUGGCCCACCGGAUCCAAUUGAAUGCCUCGAGAGCCAUCUCAAAAGAGUGGUGUUGGAGGGCUACAACGGGGACAUGCCGGAUGUUGAAUUUGCCAAAAUUUUCGUUUUGAAUGCCAAGGUGCUAGAAGAAAUGAAAUUUGGAUCCAUUCACGGAUGCAACAACGAAUGGAAGUCUAAUCAACGCAUAUGGUUACAACUGAGCAGCAGAGCUUCUCAAGAUGCUCGAUUUGAAUUCACAAGUGGUUAUUGUGAGUUUAAUGUCAUAGAUGAGGAGCAUACCCAUGACUUAUCAAUGGCUAAUCCCUUCAGGUGCCUUGAUGCUGCAUGCAAAUUCUUGGUCGCCGUCGCCGUCAGGGACAGGCGAUGCGGCAUGCAGCGCCACCGCGGCAGCCUCUACUGCCGCAGCCACACGCUUCACAACAUCUUCCACUAG